CCUAUUUGCAGCAUUCACCGUUUUGCAGCCCAGCCUGCAUGUUUUCUUUCACAGACUUAAAAAAAAAAAAGGUCGACGAUGGACUUGUGUGUCUUUUCAAUAAUCAUAGCAAUCCUCUUCGUACCAUUCGCCCUCAAAACUUUUUCCCCUUAUGUUUGGAUGGACAUUCUAUAUUUUGGGGACAUUCUCCGGAUUAUGGGCACAUUUCUUGCGAGGCGAAGAAAGAGACCCCUCUUUUUUGUUUUGGACCGCUUCUUGGAGCAAACCUCUGCGAAUCCAAAGAAGCCCUUCGUUGUGUUUGGAGAUGAGAGCUACACUUACACCGACACGGACAAAAGGAGCAACCAAAUCGCCAACGCGCUCCAGUCUCAUCCCGAGUACACAGCUGGGGACACCGUCGCCCUUUUCAUGGGGAAUGAACCCAACUUCGUGUUUACCUGGUUGGCUUUGGCUAAACUUGGCUCUCCUGUCGCCCUGCUGAAUUACAACAUACGGACCAAAUCUCUCCUGCACUGCUUUAACUGCUGCAACGCAAAAGUGGUGAUAGUGGCCCCAGAGCUAAAGGAUGCAGUGGAGGCUGUGCUGCCUUCACUGAUCGAGCAGGGUGUCACCGUCCUUCUGAUGAGCAAAUGCUGCGACACCCCUGGAAUUGACAGCUUCUCUGAAAGAGUGGAAGAAGCAUCAGAUGCUGCACUCCCUCGAUCCCUCAGAUCACAUAUCACAUUCAAAAGUCCAGCUGUCUACAUUUACACCUCUGGAACCACUGGUUUGCCUAAGGCAGCUUUGGUCAACCAGAACCGCCUUUUAACAGCUUUGGCUAUUUUAUCUUCCAAUGGCGUAUCAUCAAAAGACAUCUUCUACCUGAACCUGCCUCUGUACCACACAGCAGGGUUUCUUAUUGGCUUUAUUGGCUCCAUUGAAACGGGGUCAACUAUAAUUCUAAAAAGGAAGUUUUCUGCCUCUCAGUUUUGGGAUGACUGCAGGAAAUACAAAGUGACUGUUGUCCAGUACAUUGGAGAGGUGAUGCGCUACCUUUGCAGUGCACCGAAGAGAGACAAUGACAAGGACCACAACGUCAGACUGGCCAUUGGCAACGGUGUCAGAGCAGAGAUAUGGAGAGACUUUCUCAGUCGCUUUGGAAACAUUCAGAUUCGAGAGUUUUACGCCUCCACUGAGGGAAAUGUGGGAUUCGUUAACUACACAGGAAAAAUUGGAGCUGUCGGACGAGUCAAUUUUUUGCACCGGAAAGUGUUCCCAUACACUCUUGUAAAGUAUGAUACAGAGAAAGAUGAACUGAUCCGAGAUGCCAACGGCCUCUGCAUUGAGUCACCCAAAGGUGAAACGGGACUGCUGGUGUCAAAGAUCACAGACAUCGCUCCUUUUGUCGGAUAUGCCCAAAACAAAGAACAGACCGAGAGGAAAAAGCUUCAAAAUGUUCUCAAAAAAGGAGAUCUUUACUUCAACACUGGAGACCUAAUGAGGAUUGAUAAAGACAACUUCAUUUACUUUCAGGAUCGUGUUGGUGACACAUUCAGGUGGAAAGGUGAGAAUGUGGCAACAACGGAGGUGUCGGACAUCCUGACGAUCUGUGACUGUCUCCAAGAAGCCAACGUUUAUGGAGUCCAAGUGCCAGGGCAUGAAGGUCGAACAGGAAUGGCAGCUGUCACUGUGAAGAAAGAUGAACAGUUUGAUGGAAGUAAAAUAUAUAACCAUGUUGUUAGCUACUUGCCCUCAUAUGCAAGACCACGCUUUAUAAGGAUACAGAAUGUUCUAGAAGUCACUGGGACUUUUAAGCAGAUGAAGAUGAAGCUCAUGGAGCAAGGUUUUGAUCCAGAGCGUAUCCAGGACCCUCUCUACAUCCUAGACGACCAUGCUAAGAGCUACAUACCACUGACGGUUCAGCUCUAUAGUGCCUUAAUAUCAGGAAAUAUCAAACUGUGAGCAGAUUCAGCAGCCAUGCGCGCUCCUCAGCCAGACCGCGUUCCUUUCAAACAAUAAACCUCCAGCUCAGGGACACAACAGUCUUUUUCUUUUUUUAAAUUGAUCAAAUAUGCUUGAGAGUCAUGCUGGUGUAUUCUUAUUCAUGUGUUGGGUGGGGUUCAGCAUCGGUUUAUACAAUGUAAAUGGUGCAUUUGCGAGCAUUGUGGCUACUUUCCAGUGUGAACAUUGCAACUUGGACUUUAUACUCAGUAUAAUAUUGGUGUGGUAUGCGCUGCUAUUUGGUAAGGGUAUGUUAUGUUAUGUAUGUCCCAUUACCGUCAUGACAUACUAAUAUGGGAAAUGCUGAACUGUAAGAACUUUAAAAUUCACUCUUCUUGAAAAACAAAGUGUAACACAUUGUAUUUCUUUUCAUGUGAUGGUUUGUAAUUUACAAAAAUAGGCCUAUUAUCAAAUGUUUAUUCCAUGUCAAUAUCAGUAAAUAGCACUGUAAAUUGAAGAGAUUUGCUCUGUAAGAAGCAGUUUUAGUGUGUUGUCUUGUGUGAUCUUUUUUUUUUUCCCCCACCAUUGCUGUAACACAAAUGCAAAUUUCACAUGUGACAGACUCUGAAAACUCACCAGAUGGAGCCAAAUACUCAUGCUGCCAAAGACUGUCCCAAGUGUAGUCAAAGGAAUUGAGUUUCCAUAACCACCUCCACACUUUCCCAGGAACUUUUCCAUCAGUAUUUUAAAUCUGGCUGUGCGGUUUUUCUCACAUUCAGCCAAAAGAGCAUGAAUGAAAUCCAAUGCUGAUGUUGAGCUAUCUGCCAUGGCUGUGAGUCAAUGUUCUGAUUCAUGUAGGAAGUAAAGCUCUUGUGUGCAAAGAUUGUAAUGGAGAAACCCAAACUUUAAAAUUCAGGUCCAGAUUAAAAGCUGAGGGGUUUAUUUAAUUUUUGGCACAUGGACUCUUGUGCUAAUUGCCUUCAGAUAUGGACAUCCUAACUGUCCAACUCUCAGCAAAACUGAAGUAAUGUAAAACAGAAGUUUCUUGUCAAAUGGUGAAAGUAC